AAGUUUUGCUGUAGCAAUGGAGUCCGACAUUAAAUUAAUAAAGAAAGACAUUCAAUUUUACUUGGAGGCUGCUCUUGGAUUAAAUGACGAUGUUGAGGUGACAUACUCCUGGGACAGAUUAUUCUCUCAGUGUUUGACGGCAGUUACAACCGGUUUCGCUCAUCAACUAAUAGCAGCUGCUAAUUCUCAUGUUAAUACUUGUUCCGAAUACAUUAAGAGCCCAGUCGACGCCAGCCAGCAGUGGUUGGACCAGAUCAUCGCCAAAGGAGUGGUGGUCUGCUUCCAGUGUCUCCUACUACCUUCAGUGAAUCAAGAAUUUUUAAGUCUCAAGGAUCUAGUUCCUGUCAUUGAAAGACUAAAGACGGUUACUUUUCACGUGAAGGAAAUUGCAACGAAAUCACAAAUACUGCAAAACAGCACACUUCCACACGUUACCAUAUCUGGCGACCACAACAGGUUACAUGUGACAUUCUCGUUGCCUAGCAACCUCAUGGAGAACCUUCCGGAAGAGUUAACGUCGGACGAAGGUGUACCAGUGUACCCUCUGUUGUUUAAUAAUGGACUAGCGGAGCUGAGCGAAACAAGCAGCCAGUUUAAGGUGGAGCAAGAAAUUAAUAAAGCAUCUUAUGUCACACUCAGGGACUACUGUGAAGGAGUAAAGUAUGUGUGGGUGGAGUAGAUACAUGUAAUGUAU